AUGGCUAAGAUCUGGUUACUCUCAAAGCUCCUUGUGGGCCUAGCACUGUGUGGCUAUACCCUGGCUUUUACUGACUACUUGCUAAAGUCUUGUUCACAGUCCGGUUUUUGCUUGCGAAACAGACACUAUGCCAAGGAAGUACUGAAAAGUGGCAGAAACGUGUAUUCCCUGGAUUCAUCCAGUAUCCAGUAUGACAAUUCAAAUCACACUUUUGUUGCCAACAUUCAGAAAGAUGUUUCGUCCGAUAAAGACGGCUUGGAUGGUAGAAAAGUGAUCUUGCCGCUAUUCAUCGACGUAUUAGAAGGAGGAAGCGUACGCAUCAAGAUAGAUGAGCUACGUAACAAUGAUACAAACCUAAAUUCGGAUGUUUUGAAUCGGAAACGAUAUGAUGAAGCAGCAUCUUGGGCGUUUGACAAGCAAGCCCAACUUCGGCCAUUCGAUGUCGAAUUCAAACGGUCGGUUUGGCCUUUUCAAAGGCACAGCACUCACAUAAAGAGCAAAGAUUCGGAUGUGUCGUUGAAAGUCAGUCUCAAAAAAUUUCGGAUUGAAAUUUUCUAUCGUGGAAAGCUUGUUCUAGUCGUCAAUGAUCGAAUGCUGCUGAACAUAGAGCAUCAACGAGCUCUUGAAAACAACAGUAGCGAAAAACUAACAGAAGAACUGACAUUUGAUGACUUUGUGGAUAGUUUUCAUUAUUCUCGGGAGGACUCUUUACCGUUUGGUCCGGAAUCUGCUGCCCUUGAUUUUACCCUAGUAGGCGUCAAUGAUGUUUACGGUAUUCCAGAGCACGCUGACAGCUUGCGCCUCAAGGACACAUCAGAAGGCGAUCCUUACCGUUUGUUCAACGUCGAUGUUUUCGAAUACAAUCUCAAUGCUAAAACGCCGAUGUAUGGCUCCAUUCCUUUCAUGAUUGGGAUUAACCCAAACUUUGCAGCGGGCAUUUUCUGGGUUAAUUCUGCAGAUACAUGGAUAGAUAUCGAGUAUACAACGGGAGACACGAGGACUCAUUGGAUAUCAGAGAAUGGCGUCAUCGAUGUCAUAAUAUUCUUGGCGGAUAAGCCGCUGGAUAUAACAACUGCCUACACAGAAAUAACCGGGAAGCCACAAUUACCGCUGAUCUCAUCAAUAGGCUAUCACCAGUGCAGAUGGAACUACAAUGAUGAAAGUGAUGUACUCACAGUCGACUCUCAGAUGGACAAAGCUGGAAUACCCUAUGAUUUCAUUUGGCUCGAUUUGGAGUACACAGACGGCAAGAAAUUUUUUACAUGGAAGCCAGAUGCUUUUCCUGAUCCUCACAGGAUGCUGAGAAAGCUUUGGAAGCAUGGCAGAAACCUUGUGGCACUGAUUGAUCCGCACUUGAAAGCUAAUUACGAAGUCAGUCAAUUGGUGGAAAACACCGAAACUUCUGUCCGAAGCGAUGAUGGUAGUAGCUACCAUGGUCACUGUUGGCCUGGAGAGUCAAUCUGGAUUGACACGAUGAGCAAACCAGCGAGAGAUCUUUGGAGCACACUUGUGACAAAGUUUUUGGACAAAUGCCAAAACUUACAUAUAUGGAAUGACAUGAACGAGCCAUCUAUAUUUAGUGGGCCUGAAACCACUGCUCCGAAAGAUCUAAUCCACGGUGGAGGAUUUGAAGAAAGAUCAAUCCAUAAUUUGUACGGGUUAAGCGUGCACGAAACCACGUACGAUGCCAUGAAAGAAUUCUACAAGACAGAAAACAGAAGACCAUUUGUGUUGACAAGAUCUUUUUUUGCUGGCUCACAACGCACAGCGGCAACCUGGACUGGCGAUAACGUUGCAAAUUGGGACUAUUUGAGACAGUCCAUUCCUAUGUGUCUCACCAACAACAUUGCUGGAUUCCCAUUUAUAGGCGCGGACAUUGCAGGUUUUUCAGGAAAUCCAACUCAAGAGCUUCUUAUUAGAUGGUAUCAAGCUGGGAUGUGGUAUCCCUUUUUUAGAGGCCAUGCACACAUCGAUGCAGCGAGGAGGGAACCUUACCUCUUACAGGAACCUGCAAAGUCCAUCGUGAGGGACACAAUUCGUCUGAGGUACUCCCUGCUGCCGACAUUCUAUACAGCUUUCUAUGCGGCAAGUGUCAAUGGUACUCCCAUCAUGAAUCCAAUGUUUUACGUUCACCCAGAAAUAAAAGAAUUAUACAGUAUUGACGAUCAGUUCUACUUGGGGGAAAGUGGCCUUUUGGUCAAACCUGUGACAGAUUCUGGAAGCGAAACAGUAAGCGUAUAUUUCCCCGAGGGGCGGUUUUAUGAGUAUAAAACCAUGAAGGCCUUUACAGUGAAAAAGCAAGGGUCCAUUGAGAUCGAGGUGCCAUUAAAUGAACAAGCUUUGUUUAUUGAGGGUGGACACAUACUGGCAAGAAGAGAGAGGUAUAGACGGUCCUCCAUGCUGCAAAAGAAUGAUCCUUUCACGUUAGUGAUAGCCCCAGAUGCUUAUGGUAAAGCGCACGGCAGAUUAUACGUGGACGACGGAGAAACGUUCAGCUAUGAAGAUCACAAGUUCCUGGAGGUAGCGUUUGACUUUGAAGACUGUGUUUUGGCGUCCAGAGCCCUUCAUGUUGCCGCUGGACAAGAGCUUUUCUCAACUAAAGUCGAGAGAAUCCUAAUUGCCUUUCCUGAUAAGUGUGGAACGGCACGCGCUAUGUUCACGCAAGGUACCGAAAGCUGGGCCCAUCCAGUUCGUAGAGAAACCGAUGCCAACCUGGUGGUCAUCGAAAAUCCAAAGCUGAGCUUAGAAAAUGCAUGGUCUCUGGAGCUGUCGUAG